UCCCCCACUGCCCGGUGCCCUCGCGAGGCAGCGGGCGGUACCGGCGGCGCCGCGCAGAAACGGAAGAGGCAACGAGAGGAGGAGAAGGAAGAGGAGGAGGGUGCUGACGAUGGCAAGCAGCUCCACUCCUUGGAUUGGCAGCGCUUAUCUCUUCCUCCAGUCAACAUGCAAGACCAUUGUUCUGCCGUCUCUCUACGAAAGCUCCCAGAAAAAACCUUGUGUGUUCAAGGCACUGAAACUGGCAUUAGCAGACUCCUCCGGCAGCCUGAAUGGUGUGGACAUGCUGAAAGUGCACUGCAGCCACCCACAUCUGAUAGUCCAGCUCAAGUUCUGCAAGCAGGAGACCUGCCGUCGGUUCCUGCAGAGUUACCGGGAAGGAGUGCUCCAGCAGUCCCUCCAGAAUCAUCUCCAGCUGUCCUUGGCCAUGACCGCAGUGCCUCUUGAAAUGGAACUGAAGGCUGGCAAUGAGCACCUCGACAACAUGCUAAAGGAUGAGGAUCGCUGCCUGGAGUGCAUCUACAAAGAAAAACCUGACCGCCUCCGGGAUGAGGAGAUCACAGAGCUGGAGGAAUGCCUCAAGAGCCUGGUUGUUCACCAGAGCAUCAACCACAAUAUGGCUGUAAAAGACUGCACGUCUCCGAACUCCCCAUCUUUAACUUAUCCUUCUCAAGGCAGCUCCCUUUCCUCACAAUUCACCUUCAUCUUUCAGGGACAACAGUUUGCCAACAGAACACUCACACCAGACGACCACCAGAAAUUUGCCAAGCUCGUGUCUAAGAAGUGGAAGCAAGUGGGUCGCUCUUUGCAGAAGUACUGCCGAGGCCUGCGUGAUCCUGUCAUUGAUAACCUGGCCCUUGAAUACGACCGAGAGGGACUGUAUGAACAAGCCUAUCAGCUUCUUCUCAGGUUUAUCCAGUCAGAGGGGAAGAAGGCCACAAUUGCACUGCUGAUUGCAGCCCUGGAAGAAAAUGGUCUCGUCAGCCUGGCUGAGGAGCUCUUGGGCCUCCAUUCCAAUGAGGACUGCUCCUAGAGCCCCAAGGGUAGUGGCAUUGCUAAGGGCUUUCUUGCUUUAGCUAGUAUAUGAGACUGCUGCCAGUGUCUGGGAAUGUAAAAUCGUGAAAGUCAUCACAGGUUUCUGUAUAGAUGGGAAUGCCUGGGAGAGAGGUUCUGUGCUCACAGAAGCCAGCAUGGACCUCUGAUGCUCCUUAUUUCAUUCCGUUUCCAGAAGUCAGCGCUAACCUCCUGUGAACUGGUGAGAGAGGCUUCCAGGCUGCCUUUCUUCAGAAUUGAAAUGCCACAAGGAAGCAGCCAGACACUUAGAAAACCCUAGGGAAGGGUGGGGGAGAAGAGGAAAGCAAAGAAGAAAAGCCUCUCAGAGUUUUUCUGGGGAGCUGACAAUGCCACUGUUUCUCAGGCUGUAGCCCAGGCCAUCACUGGAGAGAUGCAAUGUAUUUUUUUUAUAUUGAAGAUAUGUAUGCUUUCAGGUAUGACAUCAAGCAAAGACAGAGGGGAAAUUUUAUAUUAUUUUCCUUCUUUGUUCUUCAAAUGAGGAACAUCCAUGGCAGAUGCAUCUGCCCUGCCCUACCCUAGUACAGCUCCUUCUCACCUCUCACCACCUGAAGGUUUCCAUUUUACCUGGGACAGUCAUAAUAUUCAACAGGGCACAAAAUUGCUGCUGUAGAAUGAAUUUCAGGCACUGAACAAGCAAUAUGGACAAACAAAAAUUCAGAGAAUGGUUCCCAACUGUUUCUGGACCAUGGUGGAGAAUAAUACAUUGACGACAUUGUGCUUAGCUGUUUCCCACCAACUUGAGGGAGCCUGCAUCUGUGAAAAGCAAAGCACAGCGCUGAAAGGAAAACAGUCUCCUAGCUGGCAAGUUACCUGUGGAGCACAAUUGGAACUGCAGCUCUAAGGUUUGUCACAGCACCAGUGCCAUCCUGACCCAGAGCUGAGCCAUCGCCUCCGACCAGCUGGCUGCAAGUGCCUUUGAUGCCCUCUUAUUCCUCUGCCUGCUGAGGUCACCAGGGAGGACAGCUCACACCACUGCGUCUCGCAAGUCUUGGGAUCUGCACAGAGACUUUCCCUGGCGGUGUGGUCACUGUGUAACGCCUGGGCAUCCGCUGCUAUACCUGGGCUUACCUACCUUGAUUUUGAGGGUGUAAAAGGCUUAAAAGACAAAGUACCGAAAGCCCAGGGCUGACUGGUGCUUUUAGUUCUGGUGGGAGAAGCUGACUCUCCUGGUUUGUUUGAUGCGGAUUGCAGCAGAGCAGAGUUUACACCUUUGCCCACAACAAAGCACAAAGCAACAAGUGUCUACCCUGGCAUGGGUCCCGUGAAGCACAACAGCAGCUUGAUUACCUUCGACAUACUCCCAACGCUUUCCUGAUGCUUCUUGACUUCUUUUCCAUUAAUGCUAUCCCUCCUUGCCCUUCCCAUCCAUGGGAAUAGCCAGUGGGCCUGCAAAAUUAUUUCAGAUGUAGAGGGUGGCUCUGCCAGAACACAUAAAACCUGUGUGUGCACCCAAAUAUUGGGCCACUAGCAGUCAUGGUAAGGCCAGCUUUCAGACAGGGAAGCGCUGAUGGCCUUUUAGACCACGACUCACAUCUUAAUCCUUCACUAGAGUGAAAGCUCUAAUUUGGCAAGGAGGAACACAACCUUGGAUUCAGGUGUGGGUUCAGAUCUGACCUCCUGGUGUUGGUGCCACUCCCUUAGCUUCUGCCAAAAUGCAUGCUGUAAGCAUCAGCUGAGUCCUGCAUGAACAGGGUUUAGAUGGCCAGGGUCCGCAUACCUCGGAUAAGCUGAGCAUCAAGUUCCUCAGUGUAAGCCUGCGGAAGCUAGUAUUUUUUUUCCAAGUCUGAAUCCCCAAAUUUGUCUACACAGUAUGGAAAGGAAACAGGGAGUCAAAGACAGGAAGAAUGUUUUGGGGAUGCAAAUCUGUUUCUGUCUCACCCUUACCCUCAAAGGAAGCAGGAGUCCAUGCAAGCACCUGCUCUACAAAGAGUGUGGUCCCACGGCAUUUUAUUAAGCCAUUCUACAUCAGUGCUGCUGCGUUCUCAUCUGUACCAAUCCUGCUCCAUGUCCUACCCUCUUCCUUACAGUAGUACCAGAGCUCUUCCUGAAAGGAAGCACUUAUCUCUCUGACAGUUUUGCUUUGGGGAGUAGUACAGCAAUGCUGAUGUUCGUUAGUUUAGGUUGCUGUGGAACCAUACCUCAAAGUAUUUAGCUUUCUUGCCAGAUCCCAGCUGGGGAACUGUUUGGCAGCAACCCACCUGGCAAAUGGUAUUUUUUGUAAAACAAACCAUCAAAACCUUGAAAAUUACUUUAACAGCGAGAGGGUUUACUCUUGAUUUUGCAAAAAUGAUUUUUUAGAAGACAAGGUCAUACACAUAGCCUGCUGGCUCAUUUGUAAUGAAUAUUUCUAAGCCCUCAGACUAGCCAUUCAUGUGCAAAACUUUCAUAUACAGUUGCAAGGCAGCCACUGAAUAGUGAGAACUGCUAGCUUUUAUAGCAUCUGUUCAUGCUCAGAAUGAGAAAGACUAAUAAGCAUCUACUUCAAGUCCAAAACUUCCUUGCUGCUAUUACAGAGGACUAAGCAUGAAUGCUUUUUUUCUUAAUGCAAACCUUAUGCAUUUUAUUCCGCUGCCAGCAACUGGCAUAGGUGUUUCCUCUUACUCACACAUUCCCUCUCAAAAGUGCCAUUAAGUGUCAGAGCUCCUGGCAACCCUUCUGGAAUAUCAUCAUCUCUAACAGUAUUCACAGGUGCCUUCAUUGCAGAGACUCAGAAGGGUUUUCCAGUGAUACUCUGUGGUGGUGCUGUCUUGAGCACAUGGUAUGGUUUAGGACCAUAGCAGUGGCUGCUUCAUACCUUCUUCUCUGUGAUCUGUCCAAAGUGGCAGCCGUACAUUUGAUCCAGUGAAAACUUGAUUCUGAUCUCAGGCAACCUCAGACCUGCUCAAAGAGUAGGGAUUUUAGUAUUACCUGGCGCAAGCUUAGAUAGAGACAAUUUUCACAGAAGCCUUAGAAUAAAACAGAUUAAUUGGAUCAUGAGUACAUGGUGUUAUUUGCAUUGAUUUGGCAUUUUGGCUGGGAUUUGACUGAAUUUAAUUCUGUUUUACCCAGAAGAUUUUACAGCAGUUUUACGCCAGUGAGCAAAGACAAGGGAACUCAUGACACACCAGGCAGGAAGAAGCUCUCACAAAGGAAAAAACGUUAGCAGAGAGUUGCAACUGGAUGAUCUUUAAGGUCCAUUCCAACCCAAAGCAUUCUAUGAUUUGUUAAAGAAAUUAGAGGCAUCUUUACCUUGGAUAGGAGUGCAAUGAGUAGAACUGAGGGAAGAGCUAGAUAUUGGGGAUGCUUGCUGAUACAUUAGAAGCUGGGUGACUGCCUGUUUGUCACGCUUUUGGAAGAGGUUGCAUUCCUCAUUGUGCUUUCUUCCUUGCCUCUGCAACGUUAGGCGCACACACGCCACAUCUUCUCGGAUGCCGGACUCACAAGUAACAUGAUUAGGUAACGACUAGUGUGUGAGAUAAACCAUAGGCAGUGCAGCCGCUGGUGAAUUUAGCCUUGUCCUGUAACAGCUCUUCUCUACAUCUGAAAAAUAAACAAAUAUUUUUGGGGUGGGCGUGGUGUUUAAGAAUAAAAAAUGCAGCAAAACAGCAGACGAUAGGAAAUAAAGAUGCUAAUCAGUUGCAUAUAAAAAAAUUGAAAUAGAUGAAGUAUAAAUCAAGCAGCAGAAACCAGGCCAAAAUACAUUCAUAGGAAAGGAUCCAAGAGGGCUGUUUUGUCAUACAGAUUGUUUUUGUAGUCUUAGCAAUGUUUCAGAUUUGAAGGAGGCUCCUUUCAGUCUGCCAGAAGGAAUAAAAGACCCAUCUAAAGGAGAAUUUGAAUGAUUUGUUUUGGCAUAGCUGAGCUACAGAGUUCAAAUGCGUAAUAACAGAGGAGAGUCAAAGUUAAAAUGCUCACCAGAUAUGCUUUGACAUGUGGUAUCUGAAAGAAGUAAAACAGAGAGUACAACCUAGUAUAAAAUUGUCACAAAGGAAAAUAUUGAACUGUCCUGGAGGGCAGAGUCAGUGAAAAGCUGACAAGAACCCUCUUAGGUGCUUGUUAAAAAUACACCAGAUUGAUUUAUCUGCUGAAGAUGAUGAUGCACCAUUGGGGCAGACAGGAAAUGUGCUCUUUUCCAGCUCUCACAUGCCACAACUGCUCUAACAGGGAAACAGUUUUUCAGGUGAAAACUGCACUUGACUCAAAAAUAAGGAAAGGGUUCAGCAUAAGUGACUGGAAGGGCUUAAAAAUUGUGAGCCAGACCUUCAAGACAUCAUAAAAUUUCCUUCCAGACUUUCAUAGCAAGUUAAAUAAAAAAUGAAUGUCAAGUAACAGCUUGCAGCAACGUGUUCCAGGUUUCCAUUUUCAGCUUCAGCCCCACUGUUGAAGACAUGGAUACCUGGAUUAUUUUUAAUGCAAAAUGGGGUCCUAAUGUCACAGCACGCAGGUUACAGAACUUUAUGAAAAAAUGAGAGAGCCUCUGAGUAAAACAGGUUGCAGGAGUUUCACAGCUGGGAAGUCUCAGAAGUUUCAAAAUGUGGGGCAAAAUUUGGGCAGAAAACAUACAGUAGCUUGCACCACUGUCAAGAUAUGGAGAACAUAAGGCCAAAAAAAGGUGUAGGCUUAGAGCUAAGGGAAACUACUUGUUCAGAGAAGCCAUAGGUGCUUGGUGCAGACACUGCUUCAGACAAAGUUCUUUUUCCAAUAUGAGGAAAUCAUAGGGGUUUCCCUUACCUGUUAAUUUUGCCAUUCAUCUGCUUCAGCACUGAGAAUUGGCCCUGCUGCCUGGGUCACCGUGUCACCUCCCCUCUGCUGUUUGGAAAGGUACCUUAGAGCGACUUACGAGUCACAUCCCAGCAGCUGCCCACCAACUCUGAAACCAAAAGCGAGCACACGCAGCAGUGAAGAUCCUUGGAUUCACUUAAACUGCACCUUCAGUUUAAUGGAAAAUUCUGGUACCACCAUGAACCUCUGGUAUCAUACACCUCUAACCAAGGAGACACUAGAAUGGGAGUCAAGAGGGUUUCUUCAGUCUAAUCCAUGUAUUGGAGGGUGUACUCGAAAUUGGUGAAAUAUGCUGGUUUACACUGGACAAGGCUCUGGCCAUUUGUCUUUUGUACAGAGUUGGGCUCAAAAAGGUGAGGUGAUUUAAGGCCUAGAGUCAAAAAUUGUAUUUUUUUCUUCUCUGUAUUAUCUGUUUCUCAGUAUAAAGCCACUGAAAGGGUUUGGUCAUAGAAACCUAACUGAAAUCUAUAGGAAAUGCAUGGUCAAGUCCCUUAAUCAUCAGCAGAAAAAUCCCUUGCUGACCUUCUAAUUCGACAUUUCCAUGAUACUCAGCAUCAGAUCCGGAUCAGCCAUCUACAGCUAUGGACCACAAUACCACGUAUGCUCAGGUCUAGGACAUUCAGCCUCCAGGGGACUCUCUUUUAUAGGAAAAAAAGCACUUUGGUCUUUUUUUCCUCCAUUCUUUAUAAAUAAAUAUCUAUUUUUGGUGAAAAGUG